UGGGUCAGUCUGCCGGAGUAGCUUGUCGUGUUCGCAUCGGUUUUUCUGAGGUCCGAGCUAGCAGAAAAUUUCCAGACGCAAUCUUUUUCGUAUUUGAUUUACCUCCCCAGCGUGUAUUUGCCAAGAAUGAUAAACAGCAAGAUAAGAGAGGACAAGUUGGAAACGCUUGUUUCGCGAAGUGCUGUGCCGAUCAUCGAUCUCGCCCAUUGCGGCAAGUCCCUUGUCAAUCGGGUGGGCCAGCAACUUCAUAAGGCAUUCACCGAAAAGGGAAUUGCUUUCCUGGUUAACCAUGGGAUAGCUGAAGACAAGAUCAAAGCUGUGUGGGACCAAUUCGACAACUUCUUGGAUUUACCAGCAGAGGUUCAGGACCGCUACAGGCGAAGAGAUGGGGUUAAUUACGGAUAUGUCAGUCCGGGGAUGGAGCGAUUCGAUGGAAGCACCCCAGAGCUCCGACACGCCUACAAUAUUUGCAAGCUGGAUGAGCAGAAUAUUCCAAGGGAUCCAUUGCCAGAAUUCGCAGAAGACAUCACGACCUUGUGCGGGGACUUGAAAGCCAUGUCUUCGUUUAUACUGAAGGCCAUGGAGGUGGCCCUGGAGAUUCCCCCGUCCUUCUUCACCGACAAUCACUCCCAAAUGUUGGAGGGGGAUGAGGUCAACAUCAGCACCCUAAGGAUGCUCUACUACCCGGCGAUUGUGGACGACGAACCCGGUCAGAGUGAGGGAGCCAUUCGAUGUGGUGCCCACGUGGACUACGGAACCUUUACCCUUCUUGCCCAGGAUUCUGAGGGAGGACUGGAGGUGCAACUACCGGGCAGUGAGAAAUGGGAACGAGUGGGCCAUCUACCUGGAGCCAUACUCAUAAAUGGCGGGGAACUCCUGUCCAUUUGGACGAAGAAGCGUUACCACGCAUUGCCUCAUCGCGUUGUUAUACCUGAACAAGAUCAUAUUCGAACCCGCGGCAGACAUUCGAUUGCCUAUUUUUGCCAUCCCAAUAACUCGACUAAGAUAUCCCCGAAUGAUGUCUCGGGUGAGGACGACCAACAGAGUGAAGACAAAGUAUACACCGCCUAUGAACUGAUACAGAAAAAGUUUAAUGACACCUACGGUCAGCGAUCUCAAUAAAUCAACGAAUCUGGGGCAAGCACUUAUUACAGCUCUAUCCUCAUGAAAGUCAUUAGCAAUUGUAACUAAAUUGUACUUUUUUAAUAAAGCAGAAAUACAAUUUAUUUUGUUUAAA